AGGGCUCCUGACUCUGCAGAUCUGAGAGAACAGACUCUGCCACAGCAGCUGGGAUCAGAAGUUUAGCUCACAAAGAGGUGAGAGGCUGCAACAAACUGCAGAACAAGCCGGAGAGGCGCACGGAGACAGCAGCAGCACGGAGGGGCUCCUUUAUUCCACUGUGUCUGUCUGAUGCUGUGCACUUCAUAAACUAUUAUAAAUAACUUUCAGUCCAUGUUUGCGAGCCCGAUGUCUGAGCCUUUAUCUCGAGACUCACUCUGAAGUUCCCGCUGGCGAGAACAUUUCCAAGAACUCUGCCCGAGAAGACUCUUGGAUCUGAAAUGGGCACCAGACUGAUGUGGCUGCUGCUGUUGCUGUCAGUGGCGGUUACCGGCGGGCAGGACGCAGGCACCGGGGAGGCAAAGAAGGACAUCCCGGAGGGCGCAUCCACCCUGGCAUUCGUUUUUGAUGUGACCGGCUCCAUGUACGACGACUUGGUCCAGGUUAUCGAGGGGGCAUCCAAGAUUCUGGAGACAUCCCUCAGCAGACCCAACAGGCCUUUGUAUAACUUUGCCCUGGUGCCCUUCCAUGACCCAGAAAUUGGACCCGUAACAAUCACAACAGACCCGAAGAAGUUCCAAUAUGAGCUUAGAGAGCUGUACGUUCAGGGAGGUGGGGACUGUCCAGAGAUGAGCAUUGGUGCCAUUAAGAUUGCCUUGGAGAUCUCCUUGCCGGGAUCCUUCAUUUACGUCUUCACAGAUGCCCGUUCAAAAGAUUACAAGCUGACCCAUGAAGUUCUGCAGCUCAUUCAACAGAAACAGUCACAGGUGGUGUUUGUGCUGACAGGGGACUGUGAUGAUAGAGCUCACAUCGGCUACAAGGUGUAUGAGGAGAUUGCCUCUACAAGCUCUGGACAGGUCUUCCAUCUAGACAAGAAACAGGUCAAUGAGGUUCUUAAAUGGGUAGAGGAGGCGGUGCAGUCUUCAAAGGUCCACCUGCUGUCCACCGAUCAUUUCAGUGGGGUCAGCAACACUUGGCAGAUACCUUUUGACCCCAGCCUCAAGGAAGUCACAGUGGCCCUCAGCGGCCCAGCACCCAACAUUGAGAUUAAAAACCCCCAGGGGAAGCUUGUGGGGAAGAGUGACGGCCUGACUGAGCUCUUGCACAUUCCCAAUUCUGCCAGAGUUGUCAACAUCAAGGACCCACAGCCUGGGAUGUGGUCUAUCAAGACCUCUAGUGAAGGAAGACACUCAGUCCGUAUCUCAGGACUCAGCACCAUUGACUUCAGAGCUGGAUUUUCCAGGAAACCCACCCUAGACUUCAAAAAGACGUCAAGCAGGCCAGUCCAAGGUAUUCCCACUCACAUCCUUCUGAAUACCACUGGACUUUCUCCUCCUGCUCGGCCUGACAGGCUAGAGCUUCUCUCAAUUACUGGCAAAGUGGUCAAAACGUUGCCGAUCCGGUACUACCCUGAGCGUGAGCCGUAUAGUCUCUGGAACAUCACUGAGUUUGUUCCACCCAAUGAGGCCUUCUUCCUGCGGGUGACAGGGUACGACCGCGAUGGUUUCCUGUUCCAGAGAGUCUCCAGUGUUUCCUUCUCCAGUAUUAUACCGAAUGCUCCUACGGUGUUGAUGCCACCAACAACUCAUGGUUACUACCUUCAGAGAGGGGCUGUCAGGUGUCAGGUAGAGAGCUUGAUCCCCUUCACUCAGCGCUUUAGCAGGGAUGGAAGACGACUUGGAGUGGACCAGCUUUUCAGUGAGUCUGACAAUGCAUCAUGGGAAAUACCGGAGGUAACCCUGAAGGAUGAGGGCUACUACGAGUGCAUUGCCAUCAGCAGUGCUGGAACAGGACGAGCUCGCACUUUCUUAGACGUAUCAGAGCCCCCUCCAGCCGUCACAGUCGAGGGUAACCUAACUGUUUCCCCUGGCUCUCCUGCUGUCCUCACCUGCCACGUUGUUAGCACCGUCAACUUCAACCUCACCUGGCUGAGGGGUGGCCAUGAUGCCCGCCUGGACCCGCGGGUGAACAUCAUGAACAAUCUUUCGCUACAGGUGUCCGCUGUGACCCCCGAUCAUGCAGGCUGGUAUGAAUGCAUCGCUAUAAAUGAAGGAGGGGUGACUGCAGAGCGAAUCUAUCUCACUGUGCAAGAGGUGCCCAGGGUGUCAGUGGAGCCCCGAAAUCAGACCUUCAGCACCGGAGAGGACAUGAGGAUCAGGUGCUCAGCCAGCGGCUAUCCUGCACCUCGCCUGGUCUGGACCCACAAUGACAUGUUCCUUACAGCAUCCAGCAGACACAGAAUGACUCCUGAUGGCAGUCUGAUAAUAAGAAACAUGGAGAAAAAGGAUGGAGGAGUGUACGGCUGCUUGGCCAGCAACCAGGCAGGGACGGACUCAAUGACCUCCAUCCUCACGUACAUUGAAUCUCCUGUGGUGACCGUGGCAUUAAGUGAGAUUCUCAUUGGCAUUGGAGAAACCACAGUGAUGGCCUGUUCAGCAUCUGGAGUCCCUCAGCCUGAGAUCUGGUGGUACAAAGGAGAUGUCCGGCUGCACUCAUCGUCCCUCUUGGAAGUGGACACGCUGGGAGGGACAAUGACCUUAAAGGAGACCCAGAAUGCUGAUGCUGGAGAUUACACCUGUGUGGCUGUCAAUGCUGCUGGAACCUCGUUAGGAAAGAUCUCUCUUGAUGUAGGAGCUGCACCCAAGUUCACCAGAGAGCCAUCUGAUGUGGCGGUGGACAUCGGCUUCAAUGUGACCCUGCCAUGUCAUGCCCAAGGUCACCCUGAGCCACAGGUCACUUGGCGAAGAGAGGACGGCUCUCCACUUUUCAACAGGCCCCGCAUACACGGCACUGUUUCACAGAGCAAAGGAGAUCUACAUAUCUAUCACCUUUGGCUGGAGGAUGAAGCAGUGUACAUCUGUGAGGCCCAAAACCACUUUGGCAGGAUCCAAACCCAGGCCAGAAUCAGGGUGACAGGACUGGUUUCGCCUGUCAUUGCAAUGAGUCCUGCUGUGCUCAGUGUGAUCGAGGACCAGCAGUUGACUCUUCCCUGUGUGCUGCUGGCCGGGAAUCCGUUGCCUGAGAGGCAGUGGCUGCACAACUAUGGCCUGGUGACGACAGACCAGUAUGUGACGGUGAGGAGGGAUGGCAGUCUACAUAUUGAAAGAGUUCGGUUGGAUGAUGUGGGCGACUAUACCUGCUUGGCUGAGAAUGCUAUUGGAGCCACCAAUCAUACAACCACUGUCAACGUUUACGUGAUUCCUACCAUUCAGUACAGCCCUCAAGUAUUUAGCACAAUUGAGGGAACACCCAUCUCUCUGCCCUGCCGUGCCGCUGGUGUACCAGCUCCUGACAUCACCUGGACCAAGGGUGGGGUGCUGCUUAACUUGGGUGGUCCAGCUUUUUCCUUGGAUUCAGAUGACAGCCUCUUCAUCACUUCCCCUUCUGGAAACGAGACAGGAGAGUUCAUCUGCACAGCUACCAAUGCUGCUGGUUUUGCCUCCAGGAAGGUCCAGCUCACUGUCUACGUCCGACCAAGAUCCAGUGCUGGUGGUGCUGGAGGCUCGCCAGACCCAAUGAGGAUGUCAGUGAUUGAGGGUGAGGACGCUGUUCUGCCUUGUGAUGUCCACAGUGUCCCACCUCCCACCAUCAGCUGGGCCAAAGAAAGGCAGCUCAUCUCUCCGUUCUCUCCCAGGCACACUCAGCUGCCCUCUGGGUCUAUGAAGAUCUUGGAGAGCAGAGUGUCAGACAGUGGGCUCUAUGUGUGUGUUGCCUCCAAUAUUGCUGGAAACCUAACACAAUCCAUUGAGCUGCGUGUUUUGGUGCCCCCGAGUAUUCAGGCUGGUCCCUGGGUCAUGAAGGUACAGGUGGGUCACCCUGUGGAGCUGCCUUGUGUGGUGAGAGGAGUCCCAGAGCCGACACUCACCUGGACUAAGGAUGGUAAAAGGUACACGGUGUCACCUGACGGCAGCCUGGCACUGAGGAAUGUGGGCCUGGAUGAUGAAGGAACCUACAUCUGCAUGGCCACCAACACUGCCGGCAGAGAUGAGGCUCGAGUCCGGCUUCUAGUUCAAGUGCCCCCUGUUGUUGACGUCCUGGAGCCCCCCUUCAAUAGUCCCCUGCAGGAAAGAGUUGCAAACCAGCGUAUCGCUUUUCCCUGCCCUGCCAAAGGUCUUCCUAAGCCAGUGAUUCGCUGGCUGCGUAACGGUCAGGAACUGACAGGUAAUGAGCCAGGUGUGUCCAUCCUGGAGGACGGUACGCUGCUGAUUCUGGCCUCUGUCUCACCGUUGGACAAUGGAGAAUAUGUCUGUGCUGCUGUUAAUGACGCUGGAUCCACUGAGAGAAAGUACCAGCUCAAAGUCAAUGUGCCUCCAGAUUUCCGUGACCGUGAAACGCCAGGCAACAUGUCAGUAGUCCAGAGUCAGCCCACCAGCUUGAUCUGUGACGUCACUGGUAGUCCGACCCCUGUCAUCACCUGGUACAAGGAUGGGACUCCUGUUGUAGCCAGUAGCAGCGUCCAGAUUCUUGAUAUGGGAAAAACUCUGAGACUGCUGAAGACAGAAACAGCAGACGCAGGCAGCUACAGCUGUAAAGCCAUCAACAUCGCAGGCAGCACGGAAAAAAACUUUUUCUUGGAUGUGCUGGUCCCACCAACAAUUGUAGGAUCAGGCUCUCCUCAAGAUGUUUCAGCGAUUUUGAAGCAAGAUAUCACUCUGGAGUGUAAAGUGGAAGGAAUGCCCUUUCCCACGAUCCAGUGGUACAAGGACAGGAAGCUGGUGUUCCUUGGUGAUCCCAAUCUGGAGGUCACCAACAGAGGUCAGGUUUUGAGGAUAAAGAGUGCUCGUCUUGGAGACCAGGCCCGCUACCAGUGUAGCGUCAUGAAUACAGCUGGAAAACAGUCAAAGGACUUCAACCUCAGUGUCUAUGUGCCUCCCUCCAUCAAAGGAGGCAACUUAACCACAGAGGUAACAGCGCUGCUGGACACGAUGGUAACUCUGGAGUGUGAAGCGCGUGGGGUCCCACUUCCCACUAUAACUUGGUACCGAAAAGGAGAGGCCGUCCUGUCUAACCGGCAGGCUCAGUAUGUAGAGCGAGGACACUACCUUAAGAUCCCUCGGGCGCAGGCGUCUGAUGCUGGACAGUACAAGUGCAAGGUGACCAGUGUGGCCGGGAGCGCUGAGAAGAGCUACGAGCUCGACGUCUACUUGCCUCCCACCAUUACAGGGGGAGAUGAGGGGCCCACCGAGAGGAAGGUGGUCCUCAGUAAGCCUCUGAUCCUGGAGUGUGAGGCCGGGGGACACCCUCCUCCCUCCCUCACCUGGCUGAAGGACGGAGUUCCUGUGCGUGAUGGGGAAAGUGUCCGUGUGCUCGAGCAGGGGAGGAAAAUAGAAAUCCUCUCAGCCACUAUCUCAGACUCGGGACGCUACAUCUGUGUGGCUACGAGCAUCGCUGGGGAGAAUGAGGUCAAAUACGACGUGAGAGUCUUAGUUCCACCUUUCAUCGAUGGAGCUGAUGAUGUGACAGACAGCACGGUGGUAGUCAACGGUCCUUUGGAGCUGGAGUGUCACGCUACUGGAACACCUGCACCUGCAAUCACGUGGUAUAAGGAUGGAGAACCAGUCAGACAGGGUGAAGGGUUGCGUGUUGCAUCCAGCGGGCGACGGCUAGUUGUAUCCCGCGCUCAAGUCUCUGACACAGCUCGCUUUCAGUGUGUGGCCACUAAUGAGGCAGGUGACCACGAGAGGGACUUCAAUGUGGUUGUCCAAGUUCCUCCAUCCAUUCGUACCACUGGACCUGCAGAACGUUCAGUGGUUCUUCACAAGUCCACCAGUCUGGAGUGCAUCUCCAGCGGUGUCCCUCCUCCCAGCAUUACCUGGCUUAAAGAUGGCCGACCUGUCGACACAACAAAGGAGCACCUUAAGCUGGAGUCAGCAGGCAGAACACUAAAGAUUACAGAGGCAAGACUAGAGGACUCUGGGAGAUACACCUGUCUGGCCACCAAUGCAGCUGGUGAAGCUCAGCAGCACAUACGACUCAGUGUCCAUGAGCCUCCCAGUAUCCCUUACUCUGGAGAGAUCAUCAACCAGACCAUCCUGUCAGGCUUUCCCACUGAACUUGAGUGCAAGGCCACAGGCAGCCCAUUACCUGCUAUCACCUGGUACAAAGAUGGCCGACCUCUGACUAGUGCAGCUGGAGUGACAAUGCUGAAGCGCAGUCAGGUGCUGGAGAUUGAACGGGCACAACUGUCUGAUGCUGGGAUAUACAGAUGUGUAGCUGUCAACCUGGCCGGAGUCGCUGAGAUAUCUCACAGACUGCAAGUGUUCGUGCCUCCGAUCAUCUCCAACCGAGGUGGUACGGUAACAGUUGUGGUGAAUGAGGCUGCCAGGCUGCAAUGUGAGGCCACCGGUGUUCCCCUGCCCAGUCUCACCUGGCUCAAAGAUGGCAGCCCUGUGGCAAGUGUUUCACAUGGCAUACAAGUGUUGUCUGGUGGCAGAGUUUUGUCUCUGAACAGUGCACAGAUUAGUGAUACAGGCAGAUACACCUGUGUGGCUGUCAACGCCGGAGGAGAACAACACAAAGAGUAUGACUUGAGGGUUUAUGUGCCACCAAACAUCAAGGGUGAGGAGGUGAAUGCUACGGUGAUGCUCGGUCGUCCAGUGGAGCUGCACUGCCAGAGUGAUGCAAUCCCUCCACCUACCCUCUCCUGGCGCAAAGAUGGCCGCCCACUAUUUAGGAAGCCUGGUCUGACCGUCUCAGCAGAUGGAAGUCUGCUCAAGGUCGAUAGUGCCCAGGUGCAGGAUUCAGGCAGGUAUACCUGUGAGGCCACUAAUGUUGCUGGAAAAACAGAGAAGAACUACAACCUCAUUGUCUGGGUUUCUCCCAGUAUCCGUGGCUCAGAGGAGGUGUCUCCUCUGACUGUUAUCGAAGGAAGUCUCAUCACUCUGGUGUGUGAGUCCAGUGGCAUCCCGCCUCCCAGCCUGACAUGGAGGAAGGACGGUUCUGAACUGAAGUCGGAUCAGAGGAUCAGGGUGUUGUCAGGAGGUCGUCAGCUGCAGAUCUCCAGCGCUGACAAGACAGACACUGCCUCUUACACUUGCACAGCUUCCAGUGCAGCUGGCACCACUUCCAAAGAGUACAGCCUGCAGGUUUAUGUCCGCCCUUCCAUCAGAGGCAGUGAAGGUGACACAGAUGACAUCACUGUGACAAAAGGAGGUGAUGUGACUCUACAGUGUGCUGCGGAGGGUGUGCCACGACCUGCGGUCACAUGGCUGAAAGACGGACGGCCUAUCACAGGCCAGCAUGGUGCCAAAGUCCUGAACGAGGGGCAGCUGUUGCAGAUUAAAGAUGCAAAGGUGUCAGACACGGGACGCUACACUUGUAUUGCUGUUAAUGUGGCAGGACAGGCUGACAGAAAGCAUGACGUCAGUGUACAUGUCCCACCUAGUAUAAUUGGUCAGGUGCAUUUUCCAGAAAAUGUGAGUGUUGUAUUGAAGAAUCCAGUUGCUCUGAGCUGUGAAGCCUCAGGCAUUCCUCUUCCUGCCAUCUCCUGGCUGAAGGAUGGUCGGCCAGUUAAAGCAACUAGUUCAGUACGCAUCCUCUCAGGUGGUCGCAGCCUACGUCUAAUGCACGCUGCAGUAGAGGAUGCUGGGAGGUACACUUGUAUCGUUUCUAACAGCGCUGGAGAGGAAAGGAAGAGCUUUGACCUCGACAUCCUGGUUCCACCAAGGAUUGUGGAGGAGGGAACUGUGGUGGAUACUAAAGUAAAGGAGAAACACAACAUCACUCUCACCUGUGAGGCAUCAGGUAAUCCUGUACCAGAGAUAAAGUGGCUGAAGGAUGGACAGCUGUUGGUGCCUGACAGGCGCCACCAAGUUUUGUCUCAUGGCCGUUUCCUCCAAAUCUCUAGGGCUCAAGUUGCAGAUACCGGCAGGUACAGCUGCCUGGCAUCUAACAGCGCAGGAGACCGCAGCAGGCAUUUCAACCUCAACGUCCUGGUUUCUCCCACCAUUGCUGGGUCAGGCCCUGACAUCUCUGCAGAGGAGGUGACAGUAACCCUGAGCAGCCCCACCUCACUGGUGUGUGAAGUCCAGUCUUAUCCUCCUGCUCUGAUCACCUGGCUCAAGGAUGGCACUCCGUUUGAAUCCAAUCGCAACGUUCGAGUCCUCCCAGGUGGACGGACACUGCAGAUUCUCAAUGCUAAAGAAGAGGAUGCUGGGCGGUAUACCUGUGUGGCCACUAAUGAGGCUGGAGAGACGCUGAAGCACUAUGAGGUCAAGGUUUAUGUUCCUCCACAGAUUAAUAAGAAUGAUAUCCCUGGUGAAGGACUGGCUCCUAAAGAGGUGAAGAUCAAGAUCAACAGCACAUUGACUCUGGAGUGUGUAGCUCAAGCCUUUCCUACUCCAGCACUGCAGUGGUAUAAGGAUGGACAGAUCCUACGGACAGAUGACCAUGUGUCCAUCACAGCUAACGGUCGUAUUGUUCAGAUCAAACAUGCUCAGGUGUCAGACACUGGCCGCUACACCUGUGUAGCCACCAACAUAGCUGGAGAGGAUGAGAAGGACUUUGAUGUAAAUAUACAAGUCCCACCUAAUUUCAACAGACCUGGUGGAGAUGGUGAUGCCACGUCUCCUCCAGGCUUUGGAGGGGAUGUUCGAGAUGUGAUACUUAACAAUCCCAUCUCUCUGUACUGUGAGACCAACGCCGUCCCCCCUCCAACACUCACCUGGUACAAAGAUGGACAGCUGCUAACCUCUAAUGACAAAGUUCUGAUCCUACCAGGGGGGCGAGUGCUACAGAUCCCCAGAGCCCAGGCUGAAGACUCAGGCAGGUACACAUGUGUGGCUGUCAAUGAAGCAGGAGAGGACUCCAUCCAGUAUGAUGUUAGAGUGUUAUUACCUCCAACCAUACGGGGAACAGACAGCGACUUGCCUGAUGAAGUCACAGUUCUGGUUAACAAAACUACCCAACUGGACUGUCAUGUGGAUGGAAACCCCGCCCCCAAGAUCACCUGGUUUAAAGACAGCCAGCCAAUCAUCUCUAAUGGUCCACAUAGAAUUCUGUCCAAUGGGCGAACUCUUCAGGUGUUGACUGCUCAGGUAUCUGACACCGGGCGCUAUGUGUGUGUGGCUGACAAUGUGGCCGGAAGUGCAGAAAAGUCCUUUAAUCUCAAUGUACAUGUGCCUCCCACUAUUGUCGGCUUGAGUCCUGAGAAUGUGACAGUGGUGGUGAACAACUUUGUGUCUCUCGCUUGUGAAGCUACUGGCUUCCCUCCUCCCACACUGAGCUGGUUAAAUGACAGGGGACUCAUUCAGGCCAACACCAAUGCACUCAUCAUGCCAGGUGGUCGCACUUUACAGAUUCUAAAAGCAAAAGUUUCAGAUGGUGGGAAGUACAGCUGUGUGGCCAUGAAUGCAGCAGGAGAGGCUUACAAACACAUCUACCUCUCUGUGUUUGUUCCUCCCAGUAUCCGGGACAACAGUGGGGAUUCUCCAGUGGUGGUGAAUGUCCUUGUUGGGAAAUCAGUAACUCUGGAGUGUGAAUCCAACGCCGUGCCUCCUCCCACCAUCACCUGGUACAAGAACGGCAGAGUGGUGUCAGAAUCAGCCAACCUGCACAUUCUGGCAGAGGGACGACUCCUUGAGAUCAAAGGCUCAGAGGUGUCUGAUACCGGACAGUAUGUUUGUAUGGCCACCAAUGUUGCUGGACAAGUGGACAAGAACUUCCACUUAAACAUCUAUGUUCGUCCCGGUAUCGAUGGCCCAGCAGAGGAGAGCGUUGUGGAAACCAUCAGUAACCCAGUCACUUUUGCCUGUGAUGCUACUGGAAUCCCUCCACCCACUCUCAUUUGGCUAAAAAAUGGACAUCCCAUAGAGAACUUGGAGUCCCUUGAGAUGCACAUCUUUUCAGGGGGCAGCAAACUGCAGAUUGCACGGUUGCAGCUGCCUGACAGCGGCACUUACACGUGUGUGGCCUCCAAUGUGGAGGGGAAAGCCAAAAAGAGAUACCACCUCACCAUACAAGUCCCUCCCAGUAUCUCUGGAUCAGAGAUGCCCAGUGAGAUGGGAGUGCUGCUAAAUGAAAGUAUCCAGCUGGUCUGUCGAGCCAGGGGAACCCCGCCUCCAAGCAUCCAAUGGUUGAAGGAUGGGGAAGCCAUCAAGAAUAUAGGACAAAAAGGGCUCAGGAUCAGUCCAGAUGGCAGCACGCUCACUGUCACUGGAGCUCACACCACCGACAGCGGCAAGUACACCUGUGUGGCCACCAACACUGCAGGGGAGGAGGACAGGAUAUUUCAUCUGAAUGUGUAUGUGCCUCCUGUGAUAGAUGGCAACAGUGGGACUGUUGAGGAGCUGACCACAGUUCUGGACAGUUCUGUCAAUAUCGAGUGUGUUGCUACAGGUUCUCCUCUGCCUCAGCUCAACUGGCUGAGAAAUGGUCUCCCGCUGCCGGUCUCCUCCCACGUUCGACUCCUCUCUGCAGGACAGGUGCUCCGGAUUACACGAGUCCAGGUGUCUGACGGUGGAAGUUAUACCUGUGUCGCAUCAAACAGAGCAGGAGUGGACAACAGACAUUAUAACCUACAGGUGCAUGUCCCUCCUGGUCUGGAUGGAGCAGGAAGCAUAGAGGAUGUGACUGUAGUCAGAGGAAACUUGGCUUCUCUGCUGUGUAUUGCUGAUGGGACCCCAACUCCCAUCAUUUCCUGGCUCAAAGAUGGAGUGACACUAGCCCCUGACCGUCACCUCAUUCUCCUCAACCUGAAUACCACCUUACAGAUUCCUCAGGCCCGAGUCAACGACACAGGACGCUACACCUGCAAGGCCAACAACACAGCUGGUCACGCCAGUCGUCAUUUCAACCUGAAGGUUCUGGACCCUCCACGCAUCGAGGGCUCUGGUGUACCAGCAGAAGUAUCAGUGGUGGUUAAUAAUGUCCUAGAGCUCCAGUGUGAAGCCACAGGUAUCCCUACACCCUCGCUGACCUGGCUGAAGGAUGGACGGCCGCUUCCACAGACAGACAGCCUGCUCCUUCUCCGGGGGGGAGAGGUGCUGCGUGUGGCCUCAGCACAGCUGGAGGACACGGGCAGAUACAGCUGCUUGGCCAACAGUCCAGCAGGAGAUGAUGAUAAAGAGUUCCUGGUUCGAGUGCAUGUUCCUCCAAACAUUGCGGGAGAGAACACACCUCAGGAUGUGUCAGUGCUGCAGAACAGACAGGUGACUCUGGAGUGUAAGUCUGAUGCUGUUCCACCUCCAACUCUGACCUGGCUCAAAGAUGGACAACCGCUGCAGGCUUCUGCUCGUGUGCGUGUUCUGUCUGGAGGUCGAUACGUACAGAUCAACAUGGCAGAGCUCAGUGACAGAGCUCAGUACACCUGUGUGGCAAGUAACAUCGCUGGCAAGACAACGCGACAGUUCAACCUGGCUGUCAAUGUUGCGCCGACUAUUAAAGAUGGCUCCCAGACAGUGUCAGUGCACAUCAACAAGCCAGCAGUGCUUGAAUGUGUAGUGAGUGGAGUUCCACCACCUCGGGUGACCUGGAGGAAACAUGGUGCAAUACUGGCAGGAAACAACCCCAGGUACACAUUUGCAGAGGACGGCUCUUUACACAUUCACUCUGCUCAGGUGACCGACACUGGUCGCUACCUGUGUAUGGCAACAAAUCAGGCUGGGACUCAACGCAAGAGAGUAGAUCUGCAAGUAUAUGUGCCUCCUUCCAUUGCUGACAGUCGCACCAAUGUGACGGUUAUAGUCAACGUUCAGACCACCCUGUCUUGUGAGGCCACCGGCAUACCCAAACCCACUGUGAGCUGGAGGAAAAAUGGUCGAGCCAUUAAUACUGACCAGAACCAGAAUAUGUACAGAUUACUGUCAUCAGGCUCUCUGGUAGUUAUAGCGCCCACAGUGGAGGACACUGCAGUGUACGAGUGUGUGGUCUCUAAUGAGGCAGGAGAAGACUCCACAUCUGUCAAUCUCACUGUCAAUGUUCCUCCAUCUAUAGCAGAUGAACCCACAGAGCUAGUUGUAACCAGACUGUCCCCAGUGGUUAUUGCCUGCACUGCAUCUGGAGUUCCAGAGCCCACAAUCCACUGGAGCAAAGAUGGCAUGAAGCUCCCCAAAACAGGACCAGGAUACAGCAUCCUGCCAACAGGUCCAGUAGAGAUCACCUCCGCUGAGCUCACUCAUUCUGGACGCUACUUAUGCACAGCUAAGAACGCUGCAGGCUCAACCCACCGCCAUGUGCAGCUCACAGUGCAGGAGCUUCCAGUGAUCCAGUCUCAUCCGUCCACCCUGGAUGUGAUCCUCAAUAACCCCAUCACUCUGCCCUGCAGGGCCACAGGCUCCCCCAGACCCACCAUCACCUGGCAGAAGGAGGGCAUCAACAUACUCACCACAGGUGGUAGCUUCACUGUUCUCCCUAAUGGAAGUCUGCAGAUCUCGAAGGCCUCUUUGUCCGACUCUGGAACGUACAUAUGUGUUGCUCAGAACCCUGCUGGCACUGCACUGGGCAAAACUAAACUCAGAGUACAAGUCCCUCCAGUGAUCAGCUCAGAGACUCAGAAAUACGUGGCACCUGUGGACUCCUCUGUGACGCUGCAGUGCCAAGCUGACGGCUCCCCUCCUCCUUCUGUCACGUGGCAUAAAGACGGGCAGCAGCUGCGUGAAUCUGUCCGUCAGCGGGUCCUCAGUUCAGGAUCGCUGCAGAUGGCCUUCAUUCAGCCAAGCGAUGCUGGACGAUAUACUUGCACUGCUGCCAAUGUAGCGGGAACUGUCAGCUUGGAGAUGAGCCUUACUGUGCAGAUUCCUCCCUCCAUUCGUGGGGGAGAGCAGGAGGUUGCAGUGGUGGAAAACAGUCAGGCCCAGCUGGUUUGUAUAGCAGACGGUGUCCCUCAGCCUACACUGUCCUGGGAAAAAGAUGGCAGCCCUCUCAGUGAAGGUGCAGGAGAGUACACCAUCCUACCCUCUGGGGAGCUGGUUAUUGACAUCACUCAGCCCGAGGAUGCAGGCAGUUACACCUGUGUUGCCAAUAACUCAGUUGGGCAGGACAGUUGGACGGUGACUCUGUCGAUUCAUACUCACCCCAUCUUCACUGAGCUGCUUGGAGAUGUGGCCCUGAACAAGGGAGAGCGCCUCCUGCUGGCUUGUGGGGUCAGUGGUGUCCCCCUGCCCAGAAUCACAUGGGCCUUCAACAACAACAUUAUCCCAGUUAACUACGAUCACAUGAAUGGCCACAGUGAGCUGGUGAUAGAGAGAGUGAGCAAAGAUGACUCUGGCACCUACACCUGUGUGGCAGAAAACAACUUAGGAACCAUCAAAUCACUGGCAUUUGUCUAUGUUAAAGAGCCACCCAUCAUUGAUGGAGACCUUCACUCCAACCGUAUUGAACCUCUGGGUGGUAAUGCCAUCCUGAACUGUGAGGUACGAGGAGACCCUCUGCCAAUCAUCCAAUGGAGCAAAAAUGGAAUAAAUAUUCAGAUCAGCAACCGAAUCCGUCAACUGGACAACGGUUCCCUGGCCAUCUACGGCACAGUGAGUGAAGAUGGGGGCAACUACAUGUGUGUGGCAACAAAUGAUGCUGGGGUGGUGGAAAGAAGUGUCACUCUCACCUUGCAGAGUGCACCCUCCAUCAUUGUGGAGCCGGUGGAGACAGUCGUGGAUGCUGGAACCACAUCUGUGCUCAACUGUCAGGCAGAAGGUGAGCCUAGCCCGAUGAUAGAGUGGUCCCGGCAGGGACGCCCCCGACUGGGCAACGACCGCUUCUCCACCUUGUCCAAUGGUUCCCUCAGGAUCAGCAGUGCCCAGAAAGGGGACACAGCUGAAUAUGAAUGUGUGGCCAGAAACUUGCUUGGAUCAGUGCUGGUCAGGGUCACUCUUACUGUACGAGUCCAUGGAGGAUACUCAGAGUGGGCAGAGUGGGCUCCUUGCAGUGUGUCCUGUGGUGCUGGUGCUCAGAAUAGGCUGAGGCAGUGCAACAAUCCUCUACCUGCCAAUGGAGGCCGACACUGUGCAGGAUCAGACUUAGAGACACGCCGUUGUCAAGGGAAACCCUGUCCAGUGGAUGGUAACUGGUCAGAGUGGUCUCUCUGGGAGGAGUGUUCACGUACCUGUGGUCAGGGCAACAGAACCAGAGUCCGAACCUGCAGUAAUCCUCCAGCCCAGCAUGGAGGCAGGCCAUGUGAGGGAAAGGCAGUGGAGGUCAUCAUGUGCAGUGUCAGACCAUGUCCAGUGGCAGGUAACUGGGGGUCUUGGCUACCAUGGAGCCCAUGCAGUGAGACCUGUGGUAAGGGUAUGCAGUCCAGGAUCCGGCUGUGCAACAACCCCCCUCCAGCAUUUGAUGGGCCGCAGUGUGAGGGCACAGACACACAAACACAAGUGUGCAAGGAGAGGCCAUGUCCUGUGGAUGGAAAGUGGUCGUCCUGGGUGAGCUGGGGAGCCUGCAGUGUUUCCUGUGGAGGUGGGACCAGACAGAGGACACGCCUCUGUGCUAGCCCCACACCUCAGCACGGUGGCAGGCAGUGUGAGGGCAACGAUGUGCAUAUUGACUUCUGUAACAGCGACCCCUGCCCCAUCAAUGGUAACUGGGGUCCAUGGAGCAGCUGGGGCAGCUGCAGCAAGACAUGUAAUGGAGGUCAGAUGAGGCGCUACAGGACCUGUGACAACCCCAGACCUGCUAAUGGUGGGAGAGCUUGUGCAGGUGCUGAUACACAGAUACAGAGAUGCAGCACAGUCAACUGCCCCGUUGAUGGUAACUGGGCUUCAUGGCAGCCUUGGGGAGAAUGUUCUGCUUCCUGUGGAAGCGGUGAGAGGACACGUGUUCGGCUCUGCAAUAGUCCAUCUCCCAGUAACGGUGGCCGGCCGUGUCCAGGAGACUCCACCCAGCUGUCCAGGUGUAACACGCAGGCCUGCCCAGGUGGGCCCCAGAAGGCUCGAGGAAACAUUAUAGGGAACAUCAAUGAUGUUGAGUUUGGCAUCGCCAGCCUUAAUGCCACCAUCACAGAUAGCAAGUCUGGCAGCAAAAUCAUCAAAGCCACAAUUUCUAAUGUACCGAGGACAUUAGGGCCUGCAAUGAGGAAGCUCAUCUCCAUCCUGAACCCCAUCUACUGGACCACUGCACAGGAAAUAGGGGAGGCUGUCAACGGCUACACGCUAACAGGAGGCGUCUUCAGGCGAGAGACGCAGGUGGAGUUUGCUACAGGUGAGAUCCUGAGGAUGACCCACAUUGCCAGGGGCCUGGACUCUGAUGGAGCGUUGUUGUUGGACAUUGUAGUCAACGGACACAUCUUACAGCUGCCUUCACAAGCUGACAUCAGCAUCAAGGACUACACAGAGGAUUACAUCCAGACGGGCCCCGGGCAGCUGUACGCUCUAUCCACCCGAAUGUUCAGCAUCGACAAGGAAAGUGUGCCCUACUCCUGGAACCACACAAUCUCCUAUGACCUGUCCAAAGGGAAGAUGCCGUAUCUGGUAGAAAUGCUGCAGGCCACAGCCAUCAGUGCUCAUUAUCACCCACUGGACGAGGUGUUGGAGUACAGCAUCCAAGCUAGUAUCACUAAAGGUGAUCGCAGUAACCAGUGUCCUCAAGGCUUCACUUUGGUGUCUGCAGGUCCUUACUGUGCAGAUGAGAAUGAAUGUGAGGUUGGGAACCCCUGUUCUCAUGCCUGCCACAACGCCAUGGGUACCUACUACUGCUCCUGUCCUCGAGGCCUCACCAUCUCAGCUGACGGCAGGACCUGUCAGGACAUUGAUGAGUGCUCACUGGGUGGGAAUGUGUGCCAUCAUGGACAAGACUGCGAGAACACAAUCGGCUCUUACAGAUGUGUCAUGCGCUGUGGCCGUGGCUUCAGGAGAACAGCCGAUGGUCUCAGCUGCACAGAUGUGAAUGAAUGUCAGGAGUCCAAUCCAUGUAAUCAACACUGUUUGAAUACCAUUGGUAGCUACCGCUGUGCCUGUGAGCCAGGCUUUCAACUCAGGAACAGACGCUGUAUAGACAUAAAUGAGUGCAGACAGAGGGUUUGUCGUUCAGAUCAGCAGUGUAAAAACACACGGGGUGGUUACACCUGUAUCGACCUGUGUCCCAAUGGAAUGACCAAAGGUGGGAAUGGAACAUGUGUAGACAUCGAUGAGUGCAGAGACGGUACUCAUCAGUGCAGAUACAACCAGAUCUGUGAGAAUACCAGAGGCAGCUACCACUGUACCUGUCCACGAGGCUUCAGAUCUCAGGGAGUAGGACGGCCCUGUGUUGACAUAAAUGAGUGUGAGCGGCUUCCACAGCCUUGUGCCCACCAGUGCAUCAACACUCCUGGCAGCUUCAAGUGCACCUGCCCACCGGGCCGCCACCUGCUGGGGGAUGGCAAGUCCUGCGCUGGGCUGGAGCGGCUGCCCAGCUAUGAAAGUUACUCAUACGGCUACCGUACAUCUCAGUCCUCUCCUGAGCACAGCGCCAACCAGCGGCUCUACCACAACCUGGCAUCUCACAGCUACCACUCCUACGCAGCCGCCUCAAGGGGGCGCUACAGGAGCCGUAGCCGCAGAGACACUGGCACACACUCCUCACAACAGGGCCUCCUGGCUUGUCAGCAGGGCUUUGAGGCCAGAGCUGGCCGCUGCUUAGAUAUUAACGAGUGUGAAGUGAGAGACACCUGCCAGCAUGAAUGCAUGAACACACCAGGAAGCCACAGGUGUCUGUGUCCUGCUGGGUACCGGCUCAUGGCCAACGGCAAAACGUGUCAAGACAUAGACGAGUGUCUGGAACAGAACAUCCAGUGUGGAGCUAACCGGAUGUGCUUCAACAUGAGAGGCAGUUACCAGUGUAUUGACACACCCUGUCCACCAAACUACCAGAGGGAUCCAGCCACAGGGUUCUGCCUGAAGAACUGCCCACCAAAUGACCUGGAAUGUGCACUGAGUCCUUAUGCUCUGGAAUACAAGCUGCUGUCUCUUCCGUUUGGCAUCGCAGCCAACCAGGACCUCAUCAGGCUGGUGGCCUACACACAAGACGGGGUGAUGCACCCCAGAACCACCUUCCUGGUAGUGGAUGAGGACGUCACGUUGCCUUUUGCCCUGAGAGAUGAGAACCUGAAGGGAGUGCUGUUCACCACUCGGGCGCUACGAGAGCCCCACACGUACCGCAUGAAGGUCCGAGCCCUCUCCUACAGCGAAGACGGAGGCAUCGAGUACCAGACCACCUUCAUUGUGUACAUCGCCGUCUCUGCCUACCCCUACUGAGAGCACUUUCAAUGAUGUAAAGCAAAGGUGUGGCAAUGGAUUGCAUCCUCCACAUGCAGCACCACUAAGAGAGGGACAUGGUGCAGCGAGCGGGUGUGGUUUUGGACAAGUGACCACAUCGGUAAACAGACUGAAAAAAUGACUUAUAUUGAGUGUGUGAGCAAGGCCAGUAGUGCAUGGAGCCCUGAAGACCAAAGAAAGUAGAGUGAAAGUGAAUCUAAAACAGGCUGCUGGAGGUUAACAGGAGGAAACUUGGAUAAAAGUGGCUAUUUUUUUUUGGCUUAAAUCCCUGGAAGCCUCAUUUCAGUCUGUCAUGAUGAAAUUUUUCAAAUGCUUGAUGUUUUGUUGUGUUAAUUUCCCCACCUCCCCUUCAAAUUUAUUUAUAUGACUAAUUAGAUCUGACUCCUUAAACCCAAAACGUCCACUACUCUGAAAGUAGUUUUCAACCCUUUUUAAGAAACCCUCCCUUGUCUGUUAUUUACAUCUACCUAUCAUUAACUUAUUGGGAAGUGCUUGAACAUAAAUAAAGGAGCAGUUCCCACCUUUGUUUAGCCCUUGUGGCAUUAAAUAAUAAAGUUGAGGUGUGACUGUUCAGAUAUGGUGCUCAUAUUGGCAAAAGUGAACUUCCCCGUCACAUAUUGUGCAUCCCCAGGUAGCGGCCCAUCAUACACACAAGAUGGAAGAUAGAAACCCUGUCAGUUGAUGCUCUGAUUACUUCAUCAGUGUAAAGCUAUAAUGUUCCAUCUGAUAGCUGAUGCCAAGAUGUAUUUUAGUUUUUUGGACUUGUACAUAAAUGUUGUUUUUGUCAUAAUGUAUUUGUACUUACUGUAUCCAUUUUGUAAUAAAAACUGCAAUAAAUGAAUACACUGAACUCAAGAA